AAAACAACAAAUCUAAGCUUUUCUUCUUCCUUUAAUCGAAUCUCGUAAUUCAGAUCCAGAAGAGAGAUGCUUCUACGAAGCGCAUCAACGCCAGUUCUCAAUUCAUUGGUUCAUGUCUCGAGUCCUAGAGAAUCUCCCAUCGAAGUAGCUGAAUCUGUUCAUCAGAUUCAACGGCACAAAUCCUUAACACUCUCUGCGUCUUCUUCUUCUUGCUGUUAUAGCCCGAUGUCUGUAAAAUCUAGUGACGAAUCUUCAAGGAAGAUGAAAAGGACGGCGUCAGAGAGCGAUCUACGACAUUGGACAUCGACGAAACCGCCGGUGAGUAAGUUUUUGAGCGGUGGUGCUUUGUUGGAGGAUAUGGAAGAAGGAAUUGGAUUCGGUCUUAUAAGAACGUCGUCUUAUGAUGGUAUAAGUUGGGCUUUGGAGGAAGAUACUGAGGUUACUGGCGGUGGUGGUGGUGGGAUGUUUCACGGUGGAGGAAAAGGAAGGAGUGGUGGUAGAUCUGAUGGUGGUGAUGGAGGUGACGAUAACACUGAUGUUCAUUAUCGGAAGAUGAUUGAAGCAAAUCCUGGAAAUGGGAUUUUUCUCAGCAAUUACGCCAAAUUCUUGAAGGAGGUUCGAAAAGAUUACUUGAAAGCAGAGGAAUAUUGUGGGAGAGCUAUUCUGGUGAGUCCUAAUGAUGGGAAUAUUCUAGCUAUGUACGCUGAGUUGGUUUGGAAGAUCCAUAAGGAUUCAUCUCGUGCUGAGACUUACUUCAAUCAAGCUGUUGCAGCUGCUCCUGAGGACUGUUAUGUACAAGCUUCGUAUGCACGGUUUCUAUGGGAUGCUGAAGAGGAAGAAGAAGAGGAGAAGGAAGAGAUACAUGAAGAAGAACUUGAACAUCAAACUUCUCGAAUGAAUUUCUUCACCGGACCUUCUCCAAUCACGGCCAUGUCUUAAACUCGUGGUCGGCAUUACCAUCCAGUCUUUUAUAUAGAUUUAGAUAAACGUGUCACGUCUAUGAUCUUAUCUAACCCUUUUGUUUAAUGUGAAUUCUUUAGUUAAGCCUUUUAUGGGUGUUUCUCUGCUCGGUGUUAGAAUUUGUCUCAGUUGUAGUAAUACCACUGAAAGAAUAAUAAGAUAUGCAAUAAAAGUUUUGCUUUUUG